AAACUCAUUAUUUUUCACUUUUUUCUUAUUGAUAUCUCAAAAUGGGUGAUCAAAUUAUCACCAGAAAAGUCAUUGUAGAAAUAUGCAAUGCCAAAAAUCUAAUGCCUAAAGAUGGCCAAGGCACUGCAAGUGCCUUCGCCAUCGUAGAUUUUGAUGGCCAACGACGUCGUACCAAGACCAAAUUCCGAGACCUCAACCCUCAAUGGGAUGAGCGUCUCGAGUUUUUGGUCCACGACGUCGAUUCAAUGGCCUUAGAAACACUUGAACUCAACAUUUAUAAUGACAAAAAAACUGGAAAGAGAAGUAAUUUUCUUGGAAAAGUUAAGAUUUCUGGUACUACAUUUGUAGGUGUUGGUUUGGAAAGUCUUGUUUAUUAUCCGUUGGAAAAACGGAGCGUUUUUUCGCAGAUUAAAGGCGAGAUUGGGCUUAAAAUUUGGUAUGUAGACGAAGUUGCUCCUCCUCCUCCUGCUCCCCCAACAGAGGAGAAGAAGGAGGAAACUUCGCCUCCUGUGACGGCGGCUGAAAAUGCUCAGCCGCCGCCACCUGGAGAUGAAAAGCCGCCCGAGGAAACUCAGGCGGCUCCAUCUGAAGAGAAAAAAGAAGAGUCGGAGAAGAAGGAGGAGGAUAAAAAACCUGUCAAUUCUUCCGAAAAGAAGGAAGAAAAGCCUUCAGAGACUGACAAAAAAGACAGCGAAGCAGCAGCAACACAACCACCACCAACACCAGAAAUACUAGAACAUCCUCCUAUAGCACAAAACAAACCACCAAACAAAAAACCAUUAGUAAAUGAAAACACAAGUGAACUCAAAAUCCUUCAUAAAAACCUCUCCAACAACGUUGAUCGUCGAACAGGAGCAUUCGAUCUUGUCGAUCAAAUGCCUUUCCUUUACGUUCGUAUCGUGAAGGCGAAACGAGCUAAUCAAGAACCUGAUUCAUCUGCUUAUGCAAAACUGGUGAUAGGAACUCACAGUAUAAAAACAAAAUCCUUAGCAGAUAAUAGAGAAUGGGAUCAAGUUUUCGCGUUCGAUAAGGACGGAUUAAACUCAACGUCGUUAGAAGUCUCCGUUUGGGUCGAAAAAAAGAGCAACAACGACGAAAAAAACGUCGAAAAUUGCAUCGGAAAUGUGUCGUUUGAUUUGCAGGAAGUGCCAAAAAGAGUGCCCCCAGACAGUCCAUUAGCCCCACAAUGGUACAGUUUAGAAGAUCAAAAUCUACCGGGAAAUGACGUCAUGUUAGCGGUGUGGCUCGGGACUCAGGCGGACGAGGCGUUUAACGAGGCGUGGCAGUCAGAUUCCGGGGGCCUGAUACCGGAAACCCGAGCCAAAGUUUACCUGUCUCCGAAGCUGUGGUAUUUAAGGCUAACGGUUAUCCAAACCCAAGACUUGCAGUUAGGUUCAGGUGGGACCGAGCCUAAGAUCCGGACUCCGGACCUGUAUGUGAAGGCUCAGCUUGGGGCUCAGUUAUUUAAGACGAGCCGAACAACUGUCGGCUCGUCUAGCUCGGCGUCCAAUCCUACGUGGAACGAAGACCUGGUCUUCGUGGCCGCCGAGCCGUUUGAACCGUUUUUGGUUAUCACUGUUGAAGAUGUUACUAACGGUCAAAUGGUGGGGUUUGCUAAGGUGCAAGUCACGUCCAUUGAUAAGCGUACGGAUGAUAAAUCAGAGCCAAGAUCAAGAUGGUUUAAUUUAAUUGGUGAUGAGAAAAAACCAUAUGCUGGUAGAAUACAUGUGAGAGUUUGUUUGGAGGGUGGUUAUCAUGUUCUUGAUGAAGCAGCACAUUUGACAAGUGAUGUUAGAGCCACUGCAAAACAAUUGUCCAAACCACCUAUUGGAUUGCUUGAAGUUGGUAUAAGAGGGGCUAACAAUCUCCUUCCUGUGAAGACGAAAGACGGUACGCGUGGGACCACCGACGCGUACGUGGUGGCGAAGUACGGGCCUAAGUGGGUCCGGACGCGUACCAUUCUUGAUCGGUUUAAUCCGAGGUGGAAUGAGCAGUAUACGUGGGAUGUAUAUGAUCCUUGCACCGUGCUGACGAUAGGGGUGUUUGAUAACGGGAGGUACAAGGACGGUGAUGCGCUUAAGAAGGACGUACGACUCGGGAAGCUGAGGGUACGACUCUCAACGCUCGACACGAAUAAGGUGUACAUGGGUACUUAUUCACUCAUGGUUUUACUUCCUAGUGGUGCAAAGAAAAUGGGUGACAUUGAGAUUGCUUUAAGGUUUACUUGUUCAUCAUGGUUGAGUCUGAUUCAAGCUUAUACUAACCCAAUGUUGCCAAGAAUGCAUUAUGUGCGCCCAUUUGGGCCUGCUCAACAGGACAUAUUAAGGCACACAGCUAUGAGAAUUGUGACAGCAAGGUUGGCUAGAUCAGAACCAGCAUUGGGCCAAGAAGUGGUCCAAUGUAUGUUGGAUUCGGAUACACACAUAUGGAGUAUGCGUCGUAGCAAGGCGAAUUGGUUCAGGGUGGUGGGGUGCUUGUCUAGAGCGGCUACAUUAGCCCGUUGGCUCGACGGAAUUAGGACAUGGGUGCACCCACCAACAACAAUAUUGGUACAUAUACUAUUGAUAGCCAUAGUGUUAUGUCCACACCUAGUGUUACCUACAAUUUGUAUGUAUGCAUUCUUGAUCAUUUCCCUAAGGUUCCGGUAUCGCCAACGUGUGGCAAUCACGAUGGACCCUCGAUUGUCAUACGUGGAUGCAAUAGGCCCCGAUGAGCUCGAUGAGGAGUUCGAUGGGUUCCCGAGCUCGAGGCCUAUGGAACACAUUCGCGUUCGAUAUGACAGGUUGAGGGCAUUAGCAGGGAGAGCACAAACACUAUUAGGUGAUGUUGCAGCACAAGGGGAAAGAUUAGAAGCAUUGUUCAACUGGAGGGAUCCUAGAGCUACUGGUAUAUUUGUGGUGGUGUGUUUAUUUGCUUCAUUGGUGUUUUAUGUGGUUCCAUUUAAGGCAUUUGUGUUAGGGUCAGGGCUGUAUUAUUUACGCCACCCGAGGUUCCGCGACGACAUGCCAUCUGUCCCCGUCAACUUUUUCAGGCGACUGCCACCACUUUCCGAUCAAAUUCUUUAAAGAUUAUUGGUCUUUUUUGUUUUUGUUUUAGCUUAGACUUGUUUUCAUGGUUGCUCUGUUUUUUCUUGUAAAACAUAGCAUAACUGAUUACUAGUGGAGUAUUAUUUUAUUAAUUCAUUAUUUUUGUUUUCUCAACAAUGUGUAUUGUGAAAAGUUGCAAAGUGAAAUGACCGUUGGUGUAUUGGUACAAA